CAGGUUCAACUUGAAUCACGUCCAAUAUUCCACCAUGGGAGACAUAACGCCGUCUACUAAGCGUAUCAAGCUCUCAUUGGAGCCUUCGCUUGAACACAAAGCCGUCGAUAUCACGGAUACCGGUGAAGAAAUCCUGAAAGAUCAAGUUCCCUUGCAGGAGAAAUUGAUGCAAAAUGUCGAUCGCAUUUGGUUUGAACGCGGUGAUUGGCGUGACAUUUCCGAAUCUAAACUUGAAACUGCCAUUGACACGACCGAUGACACUGAAUCGCCGGUCCAAGCAGACACCACCGAAACACCACGUCCCAACGAUCCACUAUCGAAUGCCAUGGCCCCACCCCCAGGACUUGAUAUCAUUCGUUUGCGUGAAUCUGUUAUCAAUAAGCUCUUUCAUGCCAAGAGUGAAAUCGAUGUUGCUUUAGAUGUCAUCAACAUUUUGGCGGCGGGCAAUCGACCUACCAGUGCACCCAAAGAUCUCGUUCUACCUUCCGAGUCGCUUCAUGCCACUUAUGUUUCCAAACCAAAACCCACCACAAAAGCCCAACUGGAAGCGGCUCAGCUCACGCUAGGUCUGAAGCGCAAGCAACAAAAAACGGCAGCCGAGUUUUUGAAGACACGCGCAGCCGCGCUUCGCACUCUUGUUGAUAAGGAACAUGCUUUUUGGGAAGAGGCUAUGAACCUGCGUGGCAACAACUGGUUAAUGCAAGCUUCCGGCACGGGCAGCUCGUCUUUUCUCAUUCAGUACGGAUUCUCGGAUGUGGGGUCCGAGUUCAAGGAGACCUCGGUCGGAGAAAUGGCACGCAUGGAUGACGACGAUACCAAUGGCGACGCCAGUUCGGAUGUUCGAUUGACUUUACCGCAUAAUGUACCACAAAAAACAUCGGUCAAGAUUCAUCAUGACCCAUCCAACGGGUUUGGACUUUACUAUCCGCAAACAGACAGUGAUCGGAUGUACGAACCAACUCCCGCCAUGCAGAAUAACAAGGAUUUACAAGUUUUCCAUCUUCACACGGCAUCCGGCACUGACGUACAACGUCAGUUACAAGAUGCACAAGCAACCGUGUUUGAUGCAGAAUUGUUUGCAGAGAUUUUGGCGGAAGCUCAAACAUUGAGUAGUAACGUUCGCUUUGGUGAUAAUGAGAUUACCAUCAACAUCGAUGGGCAGAUGGAUUUAUCCAUUCAAAAACGGGACAUUCAACGAUCCGAAACGGACAACUUACCGUCUAAUUCAUCCAUGAUGCCGGUAGAUAACUUGGCGGGCAGUACAGUGAAUAUUGCCUUACGGCUACUCCUCAUCCAACGGCAUCGAUUCAAUAUAUGGAAAACGCGAGCACGUCUGUUACCAACCAAUCGAAAAGCACGACAGCUGCUAGCGGCAAUCGGAGAACCAGGAACUACUGGAUCGUUGACAGGUGGAGCCACGACAGGCAAUGGGGCAAAUCAGUCGCCUGCGAUGAAAAAUGUACGACCGCUAACGAUGCAACGGUCGUUGCCUCUGCAAGAUAAUCCAGCAUUUCCUCAUGAAGUGUCAGCGGCUGUGCCUGUAUUGACACCGGCGUUAUCCAUGACUCGAUUUUGGGCAUUUUUCAAUCGGAUACGCCGUAUUGUGUACGACGCCAUUGAUCCGCUGUGCGGUGAAGGUGGAGUCGCGCUGUCUGUCCAUUACAAGCUGCAUGAUCUUUACUCAGUGCCAGAUCAAUCCCUCCAUGAUGCAUACCCUAGUUACGGCGAACUCGCUGUGACUCUGAGUAUCAGCGUUUAUCAAGGACCUUCCAUCCACUUUAUCUUGGGUCAGUCAGGCACCAUCACUGCUUCAUUGCCUCAAACAACAGUGACAUUGACCGGCAUCUCGGAAUUUGAGGCCUUGUUGUUGCGUGAAAUUAACUUGAUCUGUCUGAGAAUGGCGUGCAAAGAAGCCAAUGAUGUGAUUCAAACCUCGUCUCUGUAUCAAAUGGCCACAGACAGCGAGAAAUCAAGAUUCUUGUGGAAGGUUGACCAGAUUGAAGAGUGUGUCCAUGGCUCCAUUUGCAUAUCUCCAUCCAACGACUCCACCACCCCAUCCAAACAGAUAUGGAAAUCCACCAAGGUGCAGCUUUUAAGAACACGCGUUCCGUGUUAUGAUACCUCGUCAUCGCUCACUACUCAAGCCGCUUAUGAAUUACAAUUCCAGAUCGGUGACGACGUUCACCCUUUGUUGAUCGCCAAAAGUUACACAAAAGAGGAACGAUUAGGCGACGGUUUCAAUUUCCAGGAACGGGUCCGAUUGACCAUGGAGAAAUUACUAGCCAAUCACACACAUGUCAAGUCAUGAGAAACGUUUUGAAAGCAUAAAAAAAGAGU